UGAAGCCGCGUGCCCGUCAGAUUGAACGGGCGGGGCGGCCAAGAUACCGCGAUAUUUGGAGGCUGCCCCGAGACGCGCCUGUCGCGGAUCUGAAACCCUGACAGCUUAUGGAGCCCAGGCUUGGCAGGAUCCCAGAACUUGAGGCCACCAGACCCCACAUGGAAGUGCAGGCCUCAUGCCCAGCUGCUGCACCUUUGGUGGAGAGAAAAUUCCAUGUUCUCGUGGGUGUCACGGGGAGUGUUGCAGCCCUGAAGUUGCCUCUUCUGGUGUCAAUGCUUCUGGACAUUCCUGAGCUGGAAGUAGCAGUGGUCACAACCGAGAGAGCCAAACAUUUCUACAGCCCUCAGGAUGUUCCUGUCACCCUCUACAGUGAUGCUGAUGAAUGGGAGAUGUGGAAGCGCCGCUCUGACCCCGUUCUUCACAUCGACCUGCGGAGGUGGGCAGACCUCAUGCUAGUGGCUCCUCUUGAUGCCAACACUCUGGGGAAGGUGGCCAGUGGCAUCUGUGACAACCUGCUUACCUGUGUCAUCCGGGCCUGGGACCGCAGCAAGCCCCUGUUCUUCUGCCCGGCGAUGAACACCGCCAUGUGGGAGCACCCCAUCACUGCGCAGCAGGUGGGCCAGCUCAAGGCCUUCGGCUACACCGAGAUCCCCUGUGUGAACAAGAAACUGGCCUGCGGAGACCAAGGUCUGGGGGCCAUGGCUGAGGUGGGAACCAUCGUGGACAAAGUGAGAGAAGUUGUCUCCCAGCAUGGUGGCUUCCAGCAGAGUUGAACUGGGACUUCUGUCGACGUGUGUCUCUGUGUACUCAGCAUGGGCUCAGGCCAAGCUGGUGAAAAGACGGACAAAGCUGGAAAAAAAUCGGCAAAUAUAACGAUUCCUUCAUUUGCUGAGUGAGGUCUGUCCUGGGCCUGCUCUGAGCCUUCCCAGGGACCGAAUCUGCUCAGGUGAAGCUGGACCAAAGGCCUGGGUCCCAGCUUCUUUCAACCAGGAGCUGCCUGUCACCCGGAGCCCCUCCCCACCUUUUCCUGGGAGGGACAGCAAGCCAGGGAGCCAGCUGCUGUUGUCCUUAAGUCACAGGACGAAGGCUGAGUGACCAGGAAACCUUGAUUCUACAUCUUGCCUGGAACGACUUCUAGAAAUGCCACAGCUGGAGAGCCCUGGCCUAGCCUUGGGAACAUCAGCCCUUUGGCGGGUGCCCAGGUGCCACGCGGUCAGGGAGUCCUGCGAGUUGGCGGGGCUCUGAAGUUUCCUGCAGGCCACACCGUGAAAUUGGAGGUGCUGAGAAACACAGAGAAACAACCACUGGGAGACUCCUCCUCCCUCCACAACCUGUCUGUGGUCUCAGAGGCUGGGGGGUGUGAUUGGGGGAGUCUGGGAGGGGUCUGGACUAAUGACUGAUUGGUGCUCUUUAGUCCCUGUGUCACAUGGUGGUUAAGGACAAAGGGCUCUGAAGCCAGGCAGCCUCUAGUUCAAAUCCCAGCUCUGCCACUCACUAGCCACAGGACCUUGGCUCAGGACUGUCUUCCUACCCCUCACUUUUCUCAUCUAUGUUAUUUUCCUGCCCUCUUGGAGCUGCUGAGAGGGUUAAAUGAGAUUACAUGUGCAGAAUGCCUGCCCAACCGUGUGUCUGGAACACAGUAAGUAUCCAAUAAAUGGAAGUCAAAGCUGGA